ACCAACCCAUCAGUUAGUCUAAUACCCGAGCUUACACUUAUACACUAUACUCACUCUGUGUCAUAUUCACUUAGCACUUGCCGCUUAAAGUAUUCACUGCCCGUUUACCACAUACCUUACCCCGUUACCUACUUAAUACACCCACACCCACAUACAAUGAACCUCGACGGCCUUUUCCCACCGAUAGACGACGCAGAAUCAUUUGCUCACUACCAGGACCUCUUCCGAGGUCCGACAGGCCCGCCACUGAGUACUGGUGCGAGCGCAUGGUCUGAUGAAAACGUGCUCAGCCCGACACUUAGCGAGGCAGGCGACAUGGCUUCUCUCGACGAAUCGGUGUUACGGAUGAUGCGGGACGAGUGGGGAACGGCACCAUCGCACGACCGCUUCUACUACUCACAGGUAUACGACCGACUCCUGCACCAUGCGCCAGCUGAGGUGUCCGACGACUUUGCGCAGUACAACCAGAAGGUGGUCAAAGAGAUGGCGCUCCGCGCCCACUUUGCCGCGUGGCGCCAGGAAAAAGCCGAUGCGCUCGCGGAAAAUAAUGUAUUAAAGAUUGUUGACUUAGACGAGAGCUUCCAGCCUACGUACUUUAAUCGCACAAAGUAUUCCGCCAGCGGCGCUGUCAAAACACUGAAAAGGGGGUCUGAAGUGGGGCUUGAAAGGGGGUCGGAGAAGAAGUGUGAAAAGAAAAGUGAUUUAAAAAGGUCUGAAACGAACAGCCAUCUGAAAAAGGAAUCAGAAUUCAAAGUAUCAGAACCCAAAGGCCCAGACCCAUUUACCUUCUUCAAACGACUCCGGAACACCGGAAGGCCAAAAGAAUCCUCUCCCGAGCCCAGUAUGGGCACUAAACGCACGGCAAACGUAUACGAGCUAUCCACUAUUUCGUCGCGUGAUACCAAGGUCAUCGAUGAGACGGUCGUGGGCCAGAUCCCAAUUGAUCUCCAGGCUAAUCCCGAGGCAGCUAGCUCCAGCGCCUUCCCCGAGGCUUACUUCGGUCAAAGCGAUUGCUUCAGAAAGGAUAUGUACGAGAAAAGCAGAAAUGACGGGAGCUACAACCCCCCUACCCCUCUCCGCUUUAUUCCCCACGAUUCGGCUCCGCCAAACGUGUUGCAGCACAAACUCCGACCACGGCACCUCCAGAUGAUUGCGUUUGGGGGCACGCUUGGUGUCGGACUCCUCCUCGCUAUCGGCAAGAGCUUUACGAUUGCGGGCCCAUUGGGGGCUAUUAUUGGGUUCAUGUUUUCCGGGGUGAUUGUGCUCUGCACGAUGCUCUCGUACUGUGAGAUGAUCACGCUCAUUCCGCUUGCGGGGGGGUUGAGCGGAAUAUCAUCCCGUUUUGUUGAUGACGCGUUCGGCUUUAGCCUCAGCUUCAACUAUUGGCUCAGCUACACCAUCGGGCUUCCCACGGAGAUUGUCGCGGCAACCAUUAUGUUGAGUUACUACCGCAACUCCCACGUCCCAGAAAGCGUGGGUAUCACACUUGCGAGCAUAUUCACGUUUAUGGUGCUCACCGUGGGCAUCAACCUCUUCGAUGUGCGUGUUUACGGCGAGAUUGAGUACUACUCCUCCAUCGUCAAGGCGGGGAUGCUUAUAGCAUGGAUCAUCUUCAUGAUUUGCCUCAAUCAGGGCCACGCGGGGGGUGACGGUGAGAAGAUCGGAUUCCGGUUUUGGGACGCGUCCAAGAGCAACGAGGCGAUCGGCUUGACUUUUGGGCCGUUCCGCCCAACUUUUGACGUGAAUGAUCAUGGAAGUGGCUCGCUUAAUGGGAUUACCGGGAGCCUGGGCCGGUUUUUAGCGGUCAUUGUUGCGGCGGUGGUUGCGGGAUAUGCCUAUUCGGGGACCGAUAUCGUGCUCAUUGCGGCAGGUGAGGCGCGCGCACCACGCACCGCGCUCCCAAAAGCGUCGAAGAAUAUUUUCUGGCGUAUCGGCAUCUUCUACAUCCUCGGCGUUUUUGUCGUCGGCCUCAACUUCUACUCUGGAGAUCCGCGUCUCUUGCGCUACUACAGCAAAGCUGGCGUCAAUAAAGAAACCCAAAGCGUCUCCAGCAUCAUUCUCUACGUGUUAAGUUCGAUCCAGAAUAACGCACACAACUUUACCGUCACCACUGACAGCCAGCGCGAGGUGGCAGACUAUUACGCACGCAGCCUCUCUAACUGCGAUCCCACCUUCAUCAAAUGGGCCGGCUUCUCCAACGGCAACCAGUCGCCGUGGAUCAUUGCCAUUCAGGGCGCAGGCCUCUGCCUGUUUUCCAGCGUCUUCAAUGGGCUCAUGAUGUUCUUCGCCUUGUCAUCUGGAUCGUCACAGCUUUACGCGUCUUCGCGUACGUUGUACUACAUGGCCAUACAGGGCAAGGCGCCCGCGAUCUUCCUGCGCUGUUCGUCACGCGGAGUGCCCUACGUCGCCGUCUUGUUCCUGGGCAUGUUUGCGGGUCUUGCGGUGCUCUCCUGUACCAGCAAUACAGCCGUUGUGUUCCAGCGCUUCUUGAGCGUGUGCGCCACUGCCGGCUUGCUCGUGUGGUCGGGCAUGUGCCUCUCGUUUAUUCGGUUCUAUCACGGCUUGAAGUACCGGCCAGACAUUAUCUCGCGUGACGACCCCGCGUACCCGUAUCGCUCGCCAUUUCAGCCGUACCUCGCGUACAUAGGUUGCUUAGGAGGCCUAUUUCUCGUGUUUUCGAGUGGCUUUGUUGUGUUUUUGAAUGGCAACUGGGAUACCUCGUUUUUCUUCAGCUGUUACGGCAGUCUUAUUUUGUUCGUGCUCGGCUUUCUUGGGUACAAGUUUAUCCGCGGAACGAAGAUUCACCGGCUAGACCAGUUAGACUUGGACAGUGGAAGAAGGGGGAUCGACAAGAUUAUCUGGGAGGAAGACAGGUUCAAAAGCAAUGCGAGUUUCAAACAGACGGCGUUUAAGAUUUUUGAGCUGGUACUCUAGAAUUGAGAGGUUCCUGGUUCAUUUACCGAAAUGGUUUGGAAUCUAUACACAAGUUCGUUUUUUGUGAUGUCUGCGGUAGAACGAUGUCUGUAUUUUCGAUUUAUGGCUGAGAGUUAUGCUUGUGUCUGGUUAAAGGCUGUAUACACCGAAGUGUGCGGUACUAUCGAUUACUUUUCGUAGGUUUUCACGAGCACUGAGUUUAUAUUUAAUUGAGAUCCGAGGUUUCCACAACUCCCACCGUCAGCCGCGAGGACCCGGCAGACCAAAGACGGAAUAAUAGCUACCGAAAAGUCUUAGAACGUAGUAGCUCCUCAGAUCACAAAAAAUAUAGGCUUUCUAAUACUUUUAGAGCUACAAGUAGUCUAUUUGUGUACGGU